AUGAGAGGGACUGAUUCUGGUGGAAGCCCACCAAGGAGAGAAGAAUCAGAAGAUUUUGGGAAAGCGAUUGUCCCUUAUGUCUCCCCUCAGGAUGAUAGCAGAAAAGUAGAUACACAAACAUCGUCUCAAGAUGUGCCUUCAGGCGUCAAAGACAGAGAUGAUCUUUUGAGAUGGGCUAGGGAUGAAGAUGCUGCAGAAAAAGAAGCAGACCGAGCACAAGCAGAAGAAACUGUUGGAGAAAGAAGUACAGAUGCUCCCACUAGUGCUGAAGAAGAGGCUGCUACUAUUCUAAGUGAAGUUCUGGGUGAUCUACACCGACAUGCUGAAGCACCUAUAGAAACAGAACAUGUCACAGCACCGGUUAUAACAUCUUCUGCAACAUCCGACAGUUCACAUAGUUCUGAUGAGAUCCCACUCAAAGAUCGUGUUGCCCAGAUUGCUAAAGGGAAGAAAGUAGCGUCUGAAAAGAAGGCCCAGUCAAGGAAGAAAACCCAGAAGAAGGAGAAGGUUAGCAAAAGAAAGUCUUUCUCUGAUCCCGAAGUAGAAGCUUCCCCUAGGUACAAGAGAAGGUGUACUGAAGCAGCAAAACAGGGGGAGAAACCAUCAGCAAGCUCUAAGAAAGAAAAGAAGAAGAAAGCAACCCAACAGGCAAAAGACAGUGAUGAAGACAGAUUUUAUGACAAAGCAUCCAAGAAGAAGUUUGAAUCUGUUGAAGGGAGAGGAGUUGUGGUUGAAAGGAUGAUUGAUGAAGGAGCUUUUGAGAAGUAUGGCUUGACUGAGCUGCUGCAACAAAAAAGUUUAUAUAAGUCUGCCACUUUUCCAGAAAGCUAUAGUUUGUCUUUAGUGCAGGAAUUUUACAGUAAUUUACUACCAUCUGACAAAGGCAUUACUAGAGUCUAUGUUCGAGGUAAGUGGAUCCCUUUUACUCCCACUUGUCUGAAUAAAUUCUUGGAGUUUAAACCAGAGGUGAAGGGAAACUAUGAAGAAGGGCUUGUGUUGAAUGAAGAAGUUCUGAAAGAGAUCACUAGAGGAAGGACAGAGUCAUGGGGAGAAGAGACAAGACUCCCAGCAUCCAACCUUACGGCCAAGUACAAUAUUCUGUUUAGACUUGGCAUUCAGAAUUGGUUACCAGCCCCGCACAAUUCCAACAUAGUGAAGGAGCUUGCGCUUUUAUUGUUUGCUGUUGGUACUGGCAAGAAGUUCAAUCUGGGAAGGCUGAUCUUCCAAAAUAUUGUAAAAGAAGUCGAUCGCACAAGCUCCUCAACAUCACUUGGGUAUCCCGCUGAUCUGUCCGCAAGAUUUGUUACAACAUGGAGUACAACUCGGGAAGGGAGAAGCAAUACAAGAAGAAAGAAGUCGAAAAUUUCUCAGAAACUGUCAGCCCAGGUAAGAAGAUUGAUUUACCUGUAG